ACUGGCUUGGUUUUUGGCAAGAUUUUUUCACAUACUCUCACUUUUUCACUAUGAUAUACAAAUGUUGGUUUCCAUCCAUGACUUUAAAAUAAUGCGACUUUAUAUUCGAACAUAAAACUCUUGCCGAAGUCUAGUCGGUGAAGACAUCAAGUCAUUCGCGUUGUUGGGGUGAAUGACACUUUAGUAGAUAUGUCAAUUUAGCAUAUGUUGAAUAGUUUGGAAUUAGUUUCGCACUUGGUAAUGCCGUGUUUAGCUGUAGUAAAAUAGAACGUAGCGCGAAUAAUAUAAAUAAGUGAAAUUGUUUUUUUUUAAAUAAUUCUGUUAAAACGGAAUGGCUAAUAGAAUUAAUGAUCUUCAAUUAAUAAAGCUAGUCGAAGGAUAUCCGAUAUUGUAUGAUAAAACUUACGCCCGCAAGCCAACUACUUCAGCAUGGAAGGACAAAGUAUGGAAGGAAAUAUCCUCUGCGUUAAACGCGUCCGAACGUGCAUGUAUAACACGCUGGAAAAGUUUACGCGAUCGCUACGUAAGAGAGUACAGACGGACGCAGACAAACCACAAAGCAGUCACGAAUUGGGCCAUAUUUCACAAAUUAGGUUUUUUACGUAAUAAUGUAAAAUUCACAUCAGAUCCGUUGGGUUCCGUUGUAUAUAUGCCCAAAAAACGUAAGGCAAGAACCAGUAAAACGACAAUGAGCGACAGCUAUGAAUCUCCAGUUGAGGAUGAAAUGAUUGCGGAUGAAAUAAUGAUGACACAACAAUUAAUUGGUCUAGUGAAACAGUACCCAGUAUUGUAUGAUAAAAUAAAAAUACGUGAUUCCAAGAAUGUUUUGGCUAAAAAUGAGGCUUGGCUAGAAAUAUCAGAUUGUUUAGGCUUAACUGGAGAAGAAUGCUUUAAUCGCUGGAAGAAGUUGCGUGAUCGUUUUGCACGGGAAUAUCGUACAAAAAUUAUUUUCCCAGAUCGACCAGUUCUAUGGACACAUUACUCUGACUUAACGUUUUUAUGUGAACAUUUUCGAAAGGGUGUUCCUAUAUCGGAUGACAACGUAAAUUACCAUCGAAUGAAAUCAUUUAAAAUUUUAAGUGAUGAUGAGUACAGUAAUAAUUUCUAUGAUGAAUUUUCUGAAAGUGAAGAGUGCGUAUUAGAAAUCAAUGAAGAAACUGCUGCAAAAUAUGAAAAUAAAGUUGAAGAAUCUUAUUUAGCCACAGAUAGCACUAUCGAUGAUUCUAAUAAACCUCAUAUUAUAUCUGUAGUGACAACAUUACCUCCAACUGAAACUGAAAGUCCAUGCACGAAUUCUAAUGAAAUAAUUACUUCAAUAUUGCCGUUAACUCUAGUUGAUAAUACAGCAUCAACAGUGACUACAACUGAAAUGAACUUAAAUUCUUUAACUACGCUUAAAGCGGAACUUGAAAUGCAGGCAGUACUAAGCACUUUGAAUGAAAUACAAGUGGCAUUAGAAAGUUCUAAAAAAUGUAUUAAUAUGCUAACUGAAAAACUUGAACAGGAAAGGGAAAAAAACACGAAACACAUAAUUAAACCUAACUUCAUGCAGAAACUUUCUGUAUUAUUAGACAUGCAUACUGGCGGUAUACAAAAAGCAGCUACAACUAAAAUACUUCAAUUUAUAAAAGAGUGUAAAAGUCAAGUUGAAAAUGGAGAACAAAUUGAAAAUCUUGACCCAAAAAAUUUAUUACAAUAUAUCUACUUAAAAUAACAUUAAUUUAUGCAUGUAACA